AUGUCAAUAAGUUUCGACGACUUGCCAGGCGAGGUUCAUGAACUCAUCUUUCGAUCACUCGACCCAGUUACUCUGAUCAGCUUUGGGCAGACCAACCGCCAAUUUCGUGCCGUCAUCAAAGCAACAAAGGAGCUUCUUGCAGAACGCCUAUUGGUUCUAGAGUGCCAGGAGGAAUUUGGGGGUCCGGUCUUCCACUUUGACGGAAGAGAUAAUUCCCAAAACCCCGCCUGGGACCAUGAACAGAUCGAUCAAAUACGCUGGGCAUGCACGCACUGCCUGAAGCUACUGCACCACAGAAACUUUGAUAACCACUCCCUACUACGGCUAUGCUUCAGGAAACCUCUCCCAGAUUGGCCGGCCGCUCAACCCGUCACCUCGUGGGAGCCGAUGGGCAAGGUCGCAUCGAGAGCGGUCCUCAAAAGCAGAGUCGCCGCCUACCGCGAUUCGCUCCACUGGGGGCGGACGGAGUUCGCCAAUGGAGAUAAUGAGAGAUACGUUUGUGGCUAUCGGCGCCGCCACCGUAGAUGCAAUGAAUGCAGAUACCAAAUUGGCGAUUUGAGGUCCCAUAUCGUGAUCCCACCCGACGGCAUUGGGUUGGAACCAUACCUUGCGGGGGCGAACCUGGGUACCGCGACGGUCCCAAUUGUCAAGAGUCGCCGCCUGUUUUUCAACUCGUCCAUACACAGGUACUUUCCGGACCUUUUCACGGACUUGCCAUGCUACUCGACGCUGGCCGACAAGGCCCCGACCUUUCCUAUCCACCGACAGGAUGCUCGCGACCGUGCCUUUACCCACUACAUGGUCCGUUGUCCAGGAUGCGCGACCUGGAAAGAGUUUGCAGCCUUCCGCGGCGGCUCGCACUGGCCAAAGUGGUGGCCGGCUCAUCAGCACCGGUGGGGCACGUCCUGGGAAAAUUGGGAUGGCAGAAACGUCGACCGAUCCUUCAUAGAGGGCCUCCGAUGUCAUUCGUGCUACGCUGCAGUCCAUGGGCGCCAAGCUCUCAUGACGGUCCUGAUAGAGUGGUACACCUAUUUUCUACUCGGCGAACUCCACUUCUUACUGCCAAAAUUUGCAAUGGGCUGGUCGUGUUUGUACCGCGCGACGAUGGACGGUCCAGAUGUGCAUACUUGGUAUCAUGUUCCCGCGCGUUACAAGUUCGACGUCUUGACAGAAGUCAUGGCUGGGAUACCGUGGGAGGACCCCGACGACAAGAGGGAAGGUAUCGAGAAUGUGAUGCUUGCGGACCGAGAGACGCUGAGAACCAUGAACGAAAAGCACAAGAUACUGAAGAAGCAUUGGGGCACGUGGUUUGUGCCAAACCCGCAGGAGCACACACUUCCAGAUGAAUUCAAUGAUUGGAUCAUCUCGUGGGUGGAUGGCUAUGACAGUCUAGAGGCAAAGCUGUUGUGGCUUCGCGGCUGUCGCGAGGAGUUGCUCAAGAGACCUAGUGCUAUUCUGGAAUGGGCGCUGAAUGACAAGACUGCUGGAGACGGUCUGGACAUUGAUGCCAAAGCUAUGUGGAAGAACAUGGCAAAGACGUUGAGUGAGAUGUGGGGUCAGCCCGAAAUUGCACUUCUUUAA